AAGACACAGAGAGAGAGAGAGAGCUGCAGGAAGAGUGAGACAGUAGAAAACUGAAAUAUUUAAAGAAAGUGAGAGAGCAACAGGAAGAAGAGACACAGAACGAGCAGAGUGUGAGAUGAAGAACAUGAGGCCAGAGGAUUAAACUGUGGCUCUGCUGAUCUGACGCUACCAGCUGUCUGUCUGUCUGUCCACCUGCAGACAUGUCCUCCCGGGCUGAGAGUAAGUCAGCCUCCCAGUUUGUCUCUCUGACCAUGAAGCUGAAGGAUAAGCUCCACCCACAGCGGAUCAGACGCUCUGAGCGAAUCAAACACACUCCAUCACAGAGAGUCAAACCACCUGAUCUAAACCUGCUCAAACACUCACAAUGCAAGUUGGCGUCUGUGUUAGCGGACCAGCAGCGGGCCGUCGUCAGCUCUCUGCAGUACUUCAAAGCUCUGGUGGACAGACUGGGAGUGGACAAAAUGGUCCUGAACCAGUCUGUGGUUGGCGGUCUGCUGGGCGGGGCGUCCAGUGGAGUCCUGGAGGCGGUCCAGGCUCUGGUCCAGUUGGAGCCACACCUGCACAACAGUAAGACUGUCUCCUCCUGUCUGACUCGCCUGUACCACUCUGUGGCUCAGCUGAUUCGCUGGGCCGAUCAGGUGGUACUGCAAGGCGUGGUCCCUGACAACAAAGAGUCCACGGCAAGCGUUACUGCAGUGAUCAGGGCUGUGUUGGACGGGGUCAAGGAAUUGGUUCGAUUGGCUGCAGAGAGACAAGAUGGCCCUGCCCCCUUGUCUCCUGUCCAAUCACAGACUGCCACGGGACAGGCAGGUGCGUUUGAUGACCCGCAGACAUCAGACAGGACGUCCACCUGCCAAAGUCCUGGAGCUGCUGCAAAGGAGGAGGAGGAGGUGAGGAUGGAAAGUAGAAGAGAGGACCAGACAGUUUUAGCUCCUCCAAAACCCCCGAUUCCAGUCCCAGAGGUGCCCCCCCCACAUGGAAUGAGUCCUCCAGCCCUGCCGCCAAAAAAACGUCAGUCGUCUUCAGGCCCCGCCCCCUGCAGGGUUGCCAUAGUAGCACCAAUGAGACGAGAGGCUGAAGUAGACCGACAGGUACAACAGGAGGACGACUGUGUGAAGAACUGCUCUUCUUCUGCAGACACCGCCGCUGAGAACAAACACUGUGAGGACGAUCCUGACUACGACUUCCUUCACACUGAUCUCUCCUCCUCUGAGACUCUCCCUCCUCUUCCUCACCCCUCUUCACUCCCCCCUGCCCUGCCAGAGAAGAGACGCUGCAGUGCUGCAGGAGAAAUCAGCUCUGAGGCCUCCCCUUCUUUUGGGUUUGACUCCGCCCCUCAUGAAGUUAGCCCCACCCAUAGUGAUGCUGUCAUUGGUCCUGAUGAGUCGCUGUCCUCUCCUCUGUCGCCCAGCAAGACUCCCCCUCCCCUCCCUGAGAAGAAACGACACAUCCAUCAGUACCUCCAGUUCUGUUCCUCGUACAGCGCUCAGUCAGCAGCCAUGUUCUACCAGCGACCUUUGACCUCCAGUCAGCGAUACAGCAGCAAGCAGCGAGAGGUCGAUGCCGACGACCAGCCCACACACUCACACCUGGAAACACACCUGGACUCCACCCACUCACCUGAGCCACCUCGUGUUCCAGUUCUACCACCGAAGAAGAGACAGCAGGAUUCAGGUGAAACUGACUGUCAGAGGGAAGAGAAGCGGACCACAGACAGUUCCCAGAGUCUCCAGCAGGAGGCGGAAGGUUGCCACGAGAGCAGGGAGCAGGCAGAAGAGGAGGUGUUACUGGCCGACCAGCAGGAGAUCCUCCACAGAAUCACAAUGAAAACCGAGGAGGAGGAGGGGCCGGACGUGAAAGCAGCCUCUCCUGACAUCCUAUUGGUCUAUGCCGCAGAGAGCGACAGCAUCAAUGAACAGGGCCUGUACCGUGAAGCCUUCCUCUCCACCUACAGGAGCUUCAUCAGCCCAAACGAUGUUAUCAGCAAGCUGCAGCACAGAUACAGACACCUGUGUGAUAGGUGUGAACCUGCACACCUGGCAGCAGCCAAGAAGACUUUUCACCUGCUGGUCACAGUGGUCGACGAGCUGUGUGCGAUCGAGCUGGACUCUGAUUUGCUGCUGCUGCUGAUGGACCUGGUGUUCAGCCUCCUGACAGAUGGGGAGUUGGGACUGGCCCACCUGCUGCGCUCCAACAUCCUGUCCAAGAUGGAACAGAGGUGGCAGCUGAUUGGCUCUCCUCAGUCACUCCGCCCACUCGCAGCCAGGGGUGUGGCUGCCAGACCAGGAACUCUUCUGGACUUCAGGAGUCAGGAUUUAGCUGAGCAGUUGACUCUGCUGGACUCUGAGCUCUUCUACAAGAUCGAGCUUCCAGAGGUCCUGCUGUGGUCUAAAGAGCAGAAUGAGGAGAAGAGUCCUAACCUGACACAGUUCACCCAACACUUCAACAACGUCUCCUUCUGGGUUCGAUCGGUCAUCAUACUUCAGGACAAACCUCAGGACAGAGAGAAACUGCUGCUGAAGUUCCUGAAAACCAUGAAGCACCUGCGCAAGCUGAACAACUUUAACUCGUAUCUGUCAAUCCUGUCAGCGCUGGACUCCGCCCCCCUUAGACGCCUGGACUGGCAGAGAAGCACAGCUGAGGCUUUGGAGGAGUACAGCUCUUUGAUUGACAGCUCAUCAUCUUUCAGAGCCUACAGAGCAGCUCUAGCUGAAGUGGAACCUCCAUGUAUACCCUACCUGGGUUUGAUCCUUCAGGACUUGACCUUCGUUCACCUGGGAAAUCCUGACAUAUUGAUGACAUCACAGUGUUCUAAGGUCAACUUCUCUAAACGCUGGCAGCAGUUCAACAUCCUGGACACUUUGAGGAGCUACCAGCAAGUUGGUUACUCUCUGCAGCCGAAUGAUGACAUCAUAUCCUUCUUUAAUGACUUCAGUGAUCACCUGGCAGAGGAAGCAUUGUGGGAACUCUCUCUCAGGAUCCGACCACGAAAUGCCCCACGAGCCAUUCAGAGAUGACAGGUUAAACUGGGAUAAACCAGGACAAACUGAGUAAACCUGUGAUAACCUGCUACAUCACAAGGUUAACCUGUGUUAGCAUAAUGCUAACACGUUUAUGUUGAGGAAUGAGGUGAAUAAACCUGGUGCUAACCUGGGCUACAUUGGUGCUAGUCCAGUGCUAAUGUGUCACAGAAAUAAAGACUUCAAAGUUGCUCACAUACUGGGCUACUCAUGGCUAAUGGUGUGCUAACAUUUUAUAAUCUGGACUGUCCCUGCACGUUCUGCAACAGUGUGAACAGUCCUAGCUAUUUGUAGAAACACAGUUUAGCUAGGUGUUAGCCGAGGUUAGCCUUGGGCUAGCCUGGGUUAGCCAGGUGUUAACGUGAGCUAGCAAUAUUCCAAUAAACAUAACUGCUCGCCUG